UGGAUAUGAUAAUCCAGACUGUGGAUGUGCGUGUGCAGAUGAGUUCCUCCAUCUCUCUCCAUUGAUUAUCAUCUCUAAAUCUCCAUGGAAGAGAAAGAUCUUAGUCUCCCUGCUUCCAAUUCGGGUUCCUCUCUAGUUUUGCGACACAGACAUAUCCGACGCUUCGAUAGUAGCAAUUCCUCUGAUUGUCUUGUUAUUGUGUAGAAAAUGCCGUGCAUUCCAGCGGCAGCAUCAGCCAUGGCGUCGUGCAGCACCAGCAGCAAACCGCUGUGGCCAAGCUCUUCCUCCCUCGGCCGGUUCUCGUUCUCUUCCUCUUCCAACCCCGCAGUUUCCUGUUCAUUAUCCAAUAAUCAAUCCACUUCUCAGCUAUGCACUGCGCAAUCCCUGUCAUCUCCCGACAGCCGAGAGGUGGUAACGAUUGGCAGGCGAGAGCUGCUUCUCGGUGGGGUGGCCUCGAGUUUGAUACUGGGUGUAGGCAACAGCGCUGAGGCGUACACGCAAGUGGAAGUAGGAGCGUUUUUGCCACCUGCAGAGGGAAAUCCUAAUUACGUGCAAUUCGUGGCUAGUCCCAAAGACACUCCCGCUCUUCGAGCUGGGAACGUGAAACCGUAUAAAUUCAUUCUACCCCCAGCAUGGAAACCAGUAAGAGUAGCCAACAUUCUUUCUGGAAAUUAUUGUCAGCCUAAAUGCGCAGAACCAUGGGUGGAGGUCAAAUUCGAAAAUGCCAAAGAAGGAACUGUACAAGUGGUCGUAUCUCCUAUGGUCCGUCUUACAAACAAGGCUAACGCCAGUAUUGAGGAGAUUGGCCCCCCUGAAAAGAUUAUUUCUGCCUUAGGCCCGUUUGUGACUGGCAACAGCUUUGACCCUGAUGAGGUGCUGGAGACUAGCGUCGAAAAGAAAGGCGAUCUUACUUACUACAAUUAUCAACUGGAGACGCCUUUUGCAUUGACAGGUGCACACAAUUUAGCGGCUGCAACAGCAAGUGGUAAUGUUGUCCUCUUAUUUGUUGUGAGUGCUAGUGAUAAACAGUGGGCCUCGUCACAAGACCUGCUUAGAACUGUUCUGGAGUCAUUCUCGGCAUAAACGACACUCGUAGUACUUGCAAUAUGUCUAGAUAGUAUGUUUCUAAUUUAACUUCUGAUUGUGAAACUGAUUGUUUUGUUCAUCUUCAACAUACCUUUUUCUCAUUGCGUGGGUGACCAUUCUGAACGAAGUAGCUUCUCCAUGUGGUCUUCUCGCUUUGUAUUCAAUUGCAAUAACUAAUCGUUCUUUGCUGAGCGUGGA